GUUCAUUUUCUCGCUCCGCAGCGGCGGGAACGCGCAAAGGCUCCCGAUUCUUGGAGAAGAGGAAAAAUCGCCGUCGGACUGCAACAGCGACUCACCGGGAAAAAAAUGAUCCCUCCACCGACCUUCAUCAACGCUUCCCAGGUCAGCGCAAAGCAUGUGAAAGGAUCCGGAGCUGCUGAGGACUCGAGUUUUUUCAAACAUUAAACUUGUUUCAAGUGGACUGUAAACUCCGAGAGUGAUUUAUAAGAAACAGGAAUUGAAGUUAACAUUGGACAGGUGCAGAAAAUGGCAAGACAGUUCUUACAGCUCCUUGCCUUGUGGACUGUUGUGAUUGGCAUUGUGCAGUGCUGUCCAGAGCAGUGCAGCUGCCAGGAUAAAUUUUCCCAUCAGUUUGCUGACUGUGCUUACAAAGAUCUGCUGAAGGUCCCUGUUGGUCUCCCCUCCAAUGUUACCACCGUAAGCCUUUCUGCCAAUAAGAUCCAAAUCCUGAAAAGUAAAAGCUUUGUUAAUAUCACUCAGGUCACCUCUCUCUGGCUUGCCCACAAUGAACUAGUCACCAUAGAGAAAGACACCUUGGCCCCGCUAGUUCAGCUUCGCAACUUGGACAUCAGCAACAACAAAAUUGUGAACUUUCCAUGGGAAGAUCUGCACAAUCUCACAGCUCUGCAGCUUCUGAAAAUGAACAACAAUGAAAUGGUGAACCUUCCAAAGGAUGCCUUUUCCACACUCAAAGACCUGAGAUCGCUGCGCAUUAACAACAACAAGUUUGCCACCAUCAUCGAAGGAACUUUCAGUCCUCUCACCUCCAUGUCCCACCUGCAGAUUUUUAACAAUCCCUUCACUUGCUCUUGCAGUCUGCAGUGGUUGAGGGACUGGAUCACAACAACUAAAAUUUCCGUCCCCGAGGAAAAGUCAAUUUUAUGCGAGGCCCCUGAACAUCUGAAAGGGACGAUGGUUGUAAAGAUUCCUAAACUGGACUGUGAGCCUCCUGCUGUCACUAUAACAUAUCAGCCAAACAUAGAAAACACAGAUCUCUAUGAAGGUGUUAUGGUCAUCUUAAAUUGUGAGACAAAAGGGAGUCCCAAGCCACAGGUCAGCUGGGAGGUGACUGCAGGAAAUCAGAAUUAUCUGUUCCCGUUGCCUUCAACUGGAGAAAUAAAUGAUUUGCCAAUUAAUGAUAAAACAACCAACAAUCGAUUUCUUGUUUUUAGGAACGGCACUCUCAUAAUCCCCAGUGUGAGUAAAAAGGAAGAUGGAAAUUACAGCUGCUCUGCGGUCAAUGAGUUAGGUAAAGCAGAGAGCGGUGUUAAAGUGACCCUGGCAGGCACCCAAAAGCAAGCCAGCAACACAGUCAUCGAUUCAGCAGAGGACAAGAUCCGUCUAACUGGUAAAAAGCUUGCAGACCCCAAGGCCUCUAAAUUCAAUGUGGUCAGCUCGACAAAGGUUGAUGAAAAGACAAAAGGUAGUCCUGAAACGUCAAAAGGCAAACAUGAUGACGCAGAGCAGACUGGUGUUGUUCCUAAGAAUCCCACUUUUGCAGGCAAGUGUGGUGUUAGAGAAAGCAGUGAAUACAUCUCCAACCAUGCCUUCAACAUGAGCUUGGAGGACCUGAAGCAGUACACCUUUGAUUUUGGUGUUAUUGCAUUAGAAGUAUCAGAGACAGAGGCCAAAGUACAGCUGAAUCCGCUGCAGCUUCCCAAAAGCAAAUCUAAUCUUCAUCUAAGUCAAUCUGAAAACCAGGAAACAGUGAAUAAGGAACCUUUGGGUCUGUACCAGUCCUCAUCUAGCAAGACCACUCUGGACAUUCUCUACCUCUGUGUAAAUACAGGGAAUGGACACACCAUGGUUCAGUGGUCCAUUAUAGAGGAGGGAAUUAAUUCCUACCGUUUCCAUAAUUUACAGCCUGGCACCAAUUACACACUUUGUCUCACCUAUGGGGGGCAGGACUGUCAAGUCCAAGUAGUCUUUGCAACUAGAAAGAAGAUCCCCUCCCUGCUUAUAAUUGUGGUUGUAAGCAUUUUCCUAUUGGGUCUGGCGACUGUCCCCUUGCUGGGAGCCACCUGCUGCCAUUUGCUAUACAAGUAUCAAGGAAAAACCUACAAGCUGAUCAUGAAGGCGCAGAAUCCAGAUCAGAUGGAAAAACAAAUGACAAAAGAUUUUGAUCACAGGCCAUCUUUUGUGGAAUCAGAGAAAACCAGCGAGUUAGGCGAGGGGGAGGUAGAGGCCGAGGGAGAGGAAAGAGAAGGAGAGGAAGAGGCUGAGGGAAGCGUGGUGACCGAGUCCAUCCCCGGAUCAUCAUCCAAGACCAACCAGGAGGAGUUUGAAGUUGGCUCGGAGUACAGUGACAGAUUACCGCUGGGAGCAGAGGCCGUCAACAUCUCCGAGGAAAUCAACGGCAACUACAAGCAGCCAAGCCGCUGAGCUCCGCUGGCCGCUACGAGUAUAUUGUAAAAUAUUUUGAUUUAAAGUAGCCUACAUUCAAGCAGGUAACACACACAUCAUUACUACACGUGAAAAACGAUGCCGUACGAUUUUUUUUUUUUUUUAAGGUGGAUCAUUAACUUUUUUACCUCAGAAAGUACUCCUUCAAUCACCGCAAUUGUGAAUGAAUUCAUGUGACAUUUGUAGUUUCUGUAAGGUUAAAACGAGUAACUCACGUUUACAAAUCAGGCACAGAUUUAUAUCUUUUAUCAGACCUCAAAACCGACGGGAAAGCAGCAACGUUUACCCUAACUGUAAAACAGACGCAUGUGGGCGGGGGCGCAAAUUGUGCAAAGGCGAGACAUGGAGAGAUAGGCUUAAUUCAAGUUUAAAAAAAAAAAAAAAAAGUAUACAAAAUUUUAUUGUCGUAUUAGGGGGCGUAGAAACAAGCACAAAAAAAUGCAAAAUUUUUGAAGCCAUUUUAAAUAAACUGACAUCAGGGACAGGCUUCUCUUUCUGAGUCUGUGCAACGCUGUUAAACUCUCAUAACGGCUAUUUAACAUCUCAGGUGUCGGCAGUCUGGCUCCACUCGACUUGUCCACGAAACUAGAGAAAGAUUAGGAUUAAUGUGUUUGACAAAAUGAUAUUUGCGCUUGGCGCUGUUGCACCUGACAGCGCACACAGCAGCGCCCUGCCCGCUGUACUGUGCGUCCAAAAUGGGAAAUUGCGCUUUCAGAGGUGAUGUGCUUGACGGGUUCCAGGUUAUUUUCCAACGAAAUGUUGUUUCACGUAAUGUAAGGCUUUAAAAUGUGCGACUUUAACCUCUUAAUCGACGGGUGCUCGUUGUACUCUCGCUUUUUACAGUGAACGUGUCCAUGGCAUGUCACUCCUUGUGCGGUUUUCUAUUAGUGUAGUCUAUAUAGGACUUUAGAUGUGACUGUCUACUUGUGAUGUAAAGCCACGUGAAUUUUCUUUUUUUAUGAAUUUUUCAAUGAAGUCCUAACAAAUGGGCGCAGUGAGCGUCUGGCGGCUUCACUGUCUUGUAAUUUGAUAUGUAUAGUGAUUUUUUUGUGAUCUAUGUUGUAAAACGAAAGCACACACACACACACACACACACACAAAAAAAAACGUGACCUUUUAAGAUUUUUUGAUAUAAUUUUAUGUAAGUGGAAUUAAUAAAACAUAUGAAACUAUA